AUGCUUGUUGGUGAAACAGUAUCAUGUCAUUAUGGCAUUUCAGACGUUGCCCCUGGAGAAUUGUUGGGUCUACUGUGUCCGCCGCCUCUCGCAGAACGGGUGCGUGUAAACCAUAGCCGUGAACGUCCACCCGUUAUAAUAUCGGUUGAUAUUGACGAGAGCCUCCUUUAUGGUGCUAUGAAACUAUCAGAAGGUGUCAAAAUUGUAGCCAGUACUAUGGUGAAGUCGGUUGCUAGAUCCAUCUUUCAGGUUAUCAGUCCUGUAGACUGUCCCUCGGAGUGCAAGGUCACGUAUGAAACACCGGUGCAAUUUGUGUUGGCUGGUGAGGAUCUCUCCAACACUCCCCUAUACAUAGCCAGUGACAUUGUCACUUCGAUAGGCGCUACAAAUUCCAGGUCAGGUCAGAGGCGUGUCUUCAUGCAUGCAGAUAAGCAGGAUCACAACACCCUCUGGAAGUUCCAGCACAUUGAUCCACGAGUACGGCUGGAACUUGAGGGGUCUCCUGUUCCUGUAAGCACUUAG